AUGAGCUCCUACCAGCAGAAGCAACCCUUUACCCCACCCCCUCAGCCUCAACAGCACCAGGCGAAACAACCCUGCCAGCCUCCACCUCAAGAUACAUUUGUUCCCAUAACCAAGGACCCAUGCCACCCAAAUGUUCCAAGUCCCGGAAACACCAUCAUUGCAGAGCAAGGCUACAUCAAGGUCCCUGAGCAAGGCUCCAUCAAGGUUCCAGACUCUGGCUACACCAAGGUCCCUGACUCAGGGUGCACCAGUGUCCCUGACUCUGGCUGCACCAGUGUCCCUGGGUCAGGCUACUCUGUGGUCCCUCAGCCUGGCUACACCAAGGUCCCUGACUCUGGCUGCACCAGUGUGCCUGGGUCAGGCCACUCCGUGGUCCCUCAGCCUGGCUACACCAAGGUCCCUGACUCUGGCUGCACCAGUGUGCCUGGGUCAGGCCACUCCGUGGUCCCUCAGCCUGGCUACACCAAGGUCCCUGAGCCAGGAUGCACCAGUGUCCCUGGGUCAGGCCACUCCGUGGUCCCUCAGCCUGGCUACACCAAGGUCCCUGAGCCAGGAUGCACCAAUGUCCCUGGGACCGGCUACUCCGUGGUCCCUCAGCCUGGCUACACCAAUGUUCAAGAGCCAAAUCCUUCAAUAGUCACCCCUGGCCUGUCUCAGAAGAAGAUCAAGUAG